GGCCAGGUUUUUUCAUCUCCCAGUGCUCAUGUGUUUUUGUGAAGAGACUAAAAGCCAAUGAGAGAGGCUGUUCGGGAGAGGAGGGAAGAUUGCAGCAAGACUGUCUGAGAGCUUGCAGGACUUUCCAGGACCUACCAGAACAAAAUGGAAGGGCUUCAGAAGGGUGGAGAAGACACCUGCACCAAAGGUGGAGGAAGAGAGAGCUUCAGUCCAGGAGAAUCUUCGCUGAGGAUCAUCCUGGUGGGCAAAACAGGCAGCGGGAAAAGUGCCACCGGGAACAGCAUCCUCUGCCAGCAGGUGUUUGAGUCCAGGCUGGGGGCCCAGUCGGUGACCCAGAGGUGUCAGGGGGAGACCGGCACGUGGAACGGCAGGAGCGUCCUGGUGGUGGACACGCCCUCCAUCUUUGAGGCCAGGGACCCGGACCGAGCGAUGUACGAGAACAUCGGGGACUGCUACCUGCUCUCGGCCCCGGGGCCACAUGUGCUGCUGCUGGUGACCCAGCUGGGGCGCUUCACCGAGCAGGACGUGGUGGCCGUGACCAGGGCGAAGGAGGUCUUUGGGGCCAGAGCCCUGAGACACAUGAUCGUCCUCUUCACCCACAAGGAGGACUUAAUGGAAGAAUCCUUGGAUGACUAUGUGGCAAACACGGACAACCUCAGGCUCAGGGCGGUGAUCCGGGAGUGCGGGCGGAGGUACUGCGCCUUCAACAACCGGGCCUCCGGGGACGAGCAGAGGGAGCAGCUGGCCCAGCUGAUGGGCGUGGUCGAGGGGCUGGAGAGGGAGCACCAGGGCGCCUUCCUCAGCAACGACCUCUUCUCUGAUGCACAGCUGCUGCAGCAGGGCGGGGGUGACGCCCGUGCAGAAGGUUACACGCGCUACCUGGCCAAGGUGCGGUCACAGGUUGCAAAGCAAACGCAAGACCUGAAAGAGGCCCAGAGAAACUGUGCCUUCAAGGCGUUCCUCCGAGUCAAAAGCUGGGUCGCUGUGCAUGGCGAGCUUUGUGUUUGUGCUACUUGGUGCAGCUUACUUUUCAUUCUCAUUCUGCUUAUCAUCUGGUAUAAUCUUUAAUUCUGUGUGUCAUCCGUGUGUCAUCUGUGUGUCAGAACCAUUUCUCAAGCAUCACCUCACGGUCUCAUGGUUCUAUUCAGAAAUAAAUUCUCUUGGUCUGCAGAGGACGUGGUUUGUCAUCUCUGCAGAUCCCAUGGCCCCUCUUUCUUGUCGAUUUCUGGCUUG